AUGAGGAUGCGGACGCUGGAGGAGGUACGGGCCACGCUGCAGGUCGCGAAGCUCCGAGAGGAGGACUUAAACCCGUGUGUGCAGAGCCUGAGCUUCGGGCAGAACGUCUCCUCCGCAGAUUACUGCCUCCUGGAGCUGGACGAGGCUCUGUGUGCGGCCGUGGAGCAGGGACACAGUCUGGUGAUACGUGGCGAUAAGGAGGAGCGCGCUGUUCUCUGCAGCGGAGACAAAACUUACGACUUAAAGAUCGCAGACACUUCCAACCUGCUCCUGUUUGUUCCUGAGGGCCAGAGUCCAGAGCAGCUGGCAGAGGGGCCGGCCUGCCCUCGUGUGGCUCAUGCUCAGAUCUGGGGAUUUUGCAACAGCUACUGGGAGCUACGUAAACAGAGGCCCAAACUGAAGAAACUCAAGAAGCUUUUGUUGGAGAAUGUUUAUGAAGGACCAGCGCUGAGAGGAGAAGAAGAGAACACAGAGAACAGGUACACAAUGAGUGACCUUCUGGAGCGGAUCCAGGCGUCUGAGUCCGAGUUGGAGGAUGGUCUGCGGAGCCUCCACGCCUGUCAAAUUCACGGGUUCUGGCGUCUGCUGGACUUUGAUUAUGAGAUGAAGCUCUUGGGUCACGUGACGCAGCUGGUGGACUCUGAAUCCUGGUCGUUUAAUAAAGUUCCUCUUCAAAACUGUCUGGACGAGUUAUCGGCGCUGGAGCCAAAGGAGAUGAUAGAACACUGUCUGAACUGUUACGGUCGGCGGUUUGUCGAAGACGGACUCGUGCUGUUCUCUCUGGACCAGGACUCCGUGUGCCGCGCCCUCGCUCUGCUGCUGCUGCAGAACGCUGUCAAGUUCAACCUGUCGGAGUUUCAGGAAGUCUGGCAGCAGAGCGUUCCAGACGGGAUGAGCACGAGUCUCAGCCAGCUGCAGACGCAACACAUCUGCGACGACAAAACUGACGACACACUUGCGACGACAGAGCCGAAUACAUCUGUGACGACACAUCUGCGACGACACACCCGCGACGACAGAGACAAACACAUCUGCGACGACAGAGCCGAACACAUCUGCGACGACAGAGCCGAACACAUCUGUGACGACACAUCUGUGACGACACAUCUGCGACAACAGAGACGAACAACAUCUGUGACGACACAUCUGCGACGACAGAGACGAACACAUCUGCGACGACAGAGACGAACACAUCUGCGACGACAGAGACGAACACAUCUGCGACGACAGAGCCGAACACAUCUAGACGAACACAUCUGCGACGACAGAGACGAACACAUCUGCGACGACAGAGACGAACACAUCUGCGACGACGGAGACGAACACAUCUGCGACGACAGAGACGAACACAUCUGCGACGACAGAGACGAACACAUCUGCGACGACAGAGACGAACACAUCUGCGACGACAGAGACGAACACAUCUGCGACGACAGAGACGAACACAUCUGCGACAACAGAGACGAACACAUCUGCGACGACAGAGCCGAACACAUCUACGAACACAUCUGCGACGACAGAGACGAACACAUCUGCGACGACAGAGACGAACACAUCUGCGACGACAGAGACGAACACAUCUGCGACGACAGAGCCGAACACAUCUGCGACGACAGAGCCGAACACAUCUGUGACGACACAUCUGCGACGACAGAGACGAACACAUCUGCGACGACAGAGCCGAACACAUCUGUGACGACACAUCUGCGACGACAGAGCCGAACACAUCUAGACGAACACACACUCUGCGACGACAGAGACGAACACAUCUGCGACGACAGAGCCGAACACAUCUGUGACGAACACAUCUGCGACAACAGAGACGAACACAUCUGCGACGACAGAGCCGAACACAUCUACGAACACAUCUGCGACGACAGAGACGAACACAUCUGCGACGACAGAGACGAACACAUCUGCGACGACAGAGACGAACACAUCUGCGACGACAGAGACGAACACAUCUGCAACGACAGAGACGAACACAUCUGCGACGACAGAGACGAACACAUCUGCGACGACAGAGACGAACACAUCUGCGACGACAGAGACGAACACAUCUGCGACGACAGAGACGAACACAUCUGCGACGACAGAGACGAACACAUCUGCGACGACAGAGACGAACACAUCUGCGACGACAGAGACGAACACAUCUGCGACCACACUUCUGCGACCACACUUCUGCGACCACACUUCUGCGACCACACGCCUGUGACCACACGCCUGCGACCACACGCCUGCGACCACACGCCUGCGACCACACGCCUGCGACCACACGCCUGCGACCACACGCCUGCGACCACACGCCUGCGCCCACACGCCUGCGCCCACACGCCUGCGCCCACACGCCUGCGCCCACACGCCUGA